UUAGAGUUAAACGGAGUAGCUCUUGGUGAGUGUGAAGAAUAAACUAACUAUAAAAAUAUAAACUCCAGUAAGUAACCAACUACUGUGUUCACACAAAUCAUCAUUAACCAACUAAUUAAAUUAGAUUAAAUCGCUGUGAAAGAGAUUUGAUCAUAUUGAUUAAUCAGUCAUCACAUCGAGUUGCAACGAACAACAAUGGCUUCUUCUUCUUCUCGCGGCCUGCGUUUGUUUCUGUCGGUGGUGUUGUCGUUGUUGUUGUUUGUGACUCCGGCUUCUUCCGACGAUGUGAAACACGAUGACGAUAGGGCUCCCAAGUCCGAUUCCUGCAAUAACUCCUUCCAAUUGGUUAAGGUGAAGAAUUGGGCAGAUGGUGAGGAAGGUAGUGUUCAAAUUGGAAUCACUGCAAGUUUUGGCUCUUCGUUGCCUGAAAAGGCCAACAAUAGUGUCAGAACUCCCGUUCUUUUUUCUAAUCCUAUUGAUUGCUGUUCUCCUUCAACCUCACAGUUAUUUGAUUCGGUUGCUCUCUGUGUUCGUGGGGGUUGUGACUUCUCAAUUAAAGCUACAUUUGCGCAGUUAGGAGGUGCUGCUGGUGUCUUGAUCAUAAAUGACGAAGAAGAUCUCACUGAGAUGGUUUGCUCCAAUAGCUCUGGGGCAGAUGUUUCAAUUCCAGUUGUGAUGAUAACAAAAUCAGCAGGAGAAGCUCUCAACGGAUCUUUAACAUCUGGAAAGAGAGUGGAAGUUUUGUUAUAUGCACCACCUCAACCAAUUUUAGACCUCUCAGUUGCAUUUCUGUGGUUGGUGGCUGUUGGAACAAUUGUAUGUGCUUCACUAUGGUCAGAUAUAACUGCUCCUGAGAAGUCUGGUGAACGCUAUAAUGAAUUGAAUCCCAAGGAAUCUCGAAAUGCUGCAGCAGCAAGAGGCGAUUCUAAUAAGCAAGUUAUUACCAUCAAUUCAAAGGCUGCUAUUGUAUUUGUCAUAGCAGCAUCUACCAUGCUUCUUCUGUUGUUCUUCUUCAUGUCUGCUUGGUUUAUGUGGUUGCUCAUUGUACUUUUCUGCAUUGCUGGUAUUGAGGGGAUGCACAAUUGUAUUACAAGCCUCACUUUAAGGAAAUGCCAAAAUUAUGGUCAGAAGACUGUGAAUGUACCUCUAUUUGGGGAGGUUUCUAUUUUCUCACUGGUAGUGCUUUUAUUCUCUGUGGCAUUUGCUGUUUUUUGGGCUGCUACUCGACAUGAAUCUUACUCGUGGAUUGGCCAAGACAUUCUUGGAAUCUGUUUGAUGAUAACAGUCUUGCAGUUGGCUCAAUUACCCAAUAUUAAGGUUGCGACUGUGCUCCUUUUUUCUGCCUUUGCCUACGACAUCUUUUGGGUGUUCAUAUCUCCGUUGAUAUUCCAUGAAAGUGUCAUGAUUGCAGUUGCUCGAGGUGACAAGGCUGGUGGUGAAGCAGUUCCUAUGCUUUUGAGAUUUCCUCGUCUUUUUGAUACAUGGGGUGGUUACGACAUGAUUGGAUUUGGAGAUAUUAUAUUUCCUGGUUUGCUUGUUUCCUUUGCUCAUAGAUUUGACAAAGAUUAUAAGAAGGGAGCAGUAAAUGGAUAUUUUCUUUGGUUGGUAAUUGGCUAUGGCAUUGGCCUCAUUUUCACAUAUUUGGGGCUAUAUCUGAUGAACGGAAAUGGACAACCUGCACUCCUCUACCUUGUUCCAUGCACACUAGGUCUCAUUAUUAUAUUGGGAUGCAUUAGAGGUGAGCUGAAGAGCCUUUGGAAUUAUGGCACAGACUCAUCCUUGUCCACAGACUCUUCUGAAGUUUAAGUGAUCACACUAUAGUACAUUCUUUGAGAAUUGAAGAAAUUGAAAUGAUCACAGCUCAAUGGAACGAAAUAAAUGCAGUGGUUGGUAAAGACACCAGGUGUACAGGCUCUAUAACUAUCGUUGUGCUCCCUCGUCGUAGUUCUCUUGUUAAAAGAAGGAAAAACAGUUCUCUUGUUAAAAGACAGAACACCAGAGGAGAACUGAAGCAAUUCAUCGUUUUUCUUGUUAGAUUAUUUGUAAUUAUUGAUGCAUGCACCUUAUGAGUAUAAAGGGGUACAGUAAGAGUUUCGCCCUGUUAAGCUCUUACAAUAUUCUUUAACUUUGUUAACCAAAUGCUUUUUGUUAAAAAAAGCCGUGUGACAUUUUAAGUUGUUUUAACUAAAUUGGUUGUUUGAUUUAUAUGA